CUCCUUCCAAUCUCGGCAUUGCGACAAAUCCCAUCUCCACUAUCAGUCCUUCCGCUACCGCUGCUACCGCUAUCACCGUCACUGCCACUGCUACUCUUGAAGUUUCUGCGGCCACAUCGAUACCAACUACGUCCGCCACUACAGCCACAGUAGCAACAACAACAGCAGCAGUUCAACCAAUUUAUAAUGCCUUGUCCGAAUCCAAAGGAAUCUCUCUUUCUUCUGUUUCUCCUCAGAUCGAACAAAAAAACCAGCGUCAAAUUAAAUUUCAACACCAUCAGCUUCAACAACGCUCAUUAUCCUUCUCUCAUAUUCCGAUUGUCCCAAAAGCGAUUCGUAGAACUUCUCGAGCUUCUACUCACACCGCCAAAGUAUAUCCAUCUCCACCCCUUCUUCCCACCGUGCUCUCAGAUUCCUCUUCUUCUACUUCUUCCGCAAUUUAUACAAUGACCAGCACAGCCCAACAACAACAGCAGCAUCAGCAACUCAUGACCCCAGUCGUUUCCUACACCACUACGACCACAAUAAUUACAAACAGUACUGUGACUACUGACGGUGUUGAUGACAGUAACCAUACUUUCAACAGCGGUCCUUCCGAACCCUCUUCUUCUUCAUCCUCUACUUCUUCACCCAUAUCUGCCAUUACUUCAUCCAUGGCUACUGCUACUAGUUCACCUAUGGCUACAGCUACUUCGUCUAUGCCAACUGCCUCAGAACCCCAUAAAACUUAUCAACUCUAUGACAACCCAUUGCCAACAUCACAAAGAGCAUCAACUAUGACACCGCCCUUGAGUAUUACUCCCGUCAGUUAUGAUGAGCGACUUUCUUUGAAACCGAUCCCACAAAAGUCUGAGGACUGGGGUGCACUAGUUGAUACUCCAGAAUCUCCUGUUCAGUUGCAUCAUCCUCGCUCCCAUCAUCAACAUCAUCGUAGCAUUUCUGCGGCAUUCGCUCCUUAUCAACAGCAAUUUCCUAGAGGACAGAUCUUUAAUCAAGAAGCCUAUACGGCCUCCCCAGCUCCUGAUGUAUCGAUGCCCUCGGGCGAUUACAUGCAGUAUCAGCCUCAAUCGUAUUUCCCACAGUCAUUGCAGCAGCAGCAACGACCACCUAUGCCUAUGCAUUCCCAAACAGACCCUAUCGCUGUAGCCCAUCAACGUCAACCAUAUCAGUAUCAUCAACAACAUAACUCAAUGUCGGCUGUCCCUUUGAGUAACAAUGGAACGAUGGGAGCAAAUGGGGGCUCUAACAAUUUGGACGCGGACUCACGCAAGGUGUUCCGCAAGUCUUGGUCUGCAAGCGAAUCGCCCGCCAACAAUAGCUCUGGUGGCGGUGCCAUGAAUUCCCACGGAUAUAUGACACCGCCACGCAUGAUGAGUGAUAACUAUUCAAGACCAGGCCAACCUUUGAAACACUCCUCUUCGUCUAAUGUAGCAACAUCGGUCUCACUCUUGACAGACGCAGCCAUCCUGGCCAAAUACCGUGAGACAGCGAACAAGACCAAUGACCCUUCUAUCCAAUUGUCCUUUGCGAAAUACUUGCUUGAGAUUGGAGAGUCUCCUAGUGCAGGAGAUCACCCAAGGCCAUCCUCUGCAGCAUCUGAUGAUACCCCUCCUUCGUCCUCGCCUCCUAGUCCCACACCCGGACAGCAGGACACAGAGACGGGUAAGAAGCAGUUGACUCAAGAAGGCAUCUACUGGAUUGAUCGAUUGGCAAAGGAAGGACAACCUGAAGCCCAGUUCAUCCGUGGAUCAUGGUAUGAAGAAGGGUUGUAUGGGUGCAAGCAGAGCACAGACAAGGCAUUGAGAUGGUAUCAAUCAGCGUCAAAAGGCGAUUAUGGCCCUGCACAUUAUAAAGUGGGUUACUAUUGCGAGAAGAAGAAGGAUAACAACAAAGCUGUGAUGGUUUAUAAAAAGGCAGCCGUCCAUAAUGAUGCCCCUGCCAACCACCGCUUGGCUAUGAUUUACCUGUACGGAGAAUUGGGUCAGGCCAAGAACAUGAAGGCAGGUCUUGAAUAUCUCAAGCGUGCCGCAACCUAUGCUACUGAAUCUGCACCAAUGGCACCCUAUGUUUUAGGUCAGAUCCUCUCGCGCGAAUACACUCAGUUGGAGAUCCCAGAUGACAUUGCUUUCCCUGACGAUGGUGAAGCUCUGGAGUGGUUCCGAAAAUCUGCUCAACUCGGAUAUGGACCAGCGAACUAUAAGCUCGGAUACUGCUAUGAGUAUGGUAGCCUGGGUUGUAAAGUCGAUCCUUAUCUGUCGAUCCAACAUUACGAACGAGCUGUUCAGGCAGGUAACAGCAAUGGCGAGGCUGAGAUGGCUCUAAGUGGCUGGUAUUUGUCAGGAGCCGAGAACUGUUUCCCACCAAAUGAUCAUUUAGCAUUCAAAUAUGCAUCCAUGGCCGCGGAGAAGAAAUUGUCCAAGGCUCAGUAUGCGAUGGGAUAUUACUAUGAGACAGGUAUCUCUGUCCCCUCAGACAUGAACAAGGCCAUGGAGUAUUACAAUAUGGCAGCAGCGAAUGGAAACAAGGAUGCGGCCAAGAGAGUGGAGGAAUUGAAGAGGGCUUCGGGUACGAGGUAUGACAAGUUGGCUCAUAAAAAGAGUAUCAAAAAAAUCAAGCAAAAUCGAAAGGCAAAAAACCAGAGUUGCACCGUCAUGUAAACCACGAAAACAAGGAAGCAAGGGUGGGGGGGAAGAUCAUUCCCAUCCUUCCAAUAUUGUAGAUAUAUACCUCUUUUUCUUUUUUCUUUUUCUUCGUAGUACAG